GAAAUCCCACGAGGAGACCUUGAUAUAUUUAAGAGUAGUCAGGCAACCUACAUGGUUAAGGAUUCCUGAUUCAAACCUAAUGAUAGGAGCAGCUUCAACUAAACUAAUUAUCUGAAAUCAAUUUAUUAUGUGUAGAGCCAAGAUUCCAAGCCUAAUCCAUUUGAGCAGGCAUAUAUUAUAUAACAAAUGGUCAUGUUUUAUAUUGCUCGGGUGUAAUUUGUGUAGCUCAUACAGAGUGUCAUUUAACUUUUGUCCAUUAUCAACUGCAGGUUGCGCAGUGAACUUUGAAUUCCAAAACUAUACUAUUAUCACUAGCCAGUGCAAAGGACCACAAUACCCGCCUAAACUCUGUUGUGGCGCCUUCAAAGAAUUUGCUUGCCCCUUUGCAGAAGAUAUAAAUGACUUAACUAAUGAUUGUGCAACAACUAUGUUCAGCUACAUAAAUCUCUAUGGUAAAUAUCCACCUGGCUUGUUCGCAAGUGAAUGUCGGGAAGACAAGCAAGGACUGGCAUGUCCCGACAGUCCCCUGGGCAGUUCCAGCGAAGGCUCAGUCUCUCGGCCUUUCUCAUUUCCACUGGUUCUUAUUCUAACAGUUGGUGUUCUACUAGUGUUUGGCCAGUUGUGAUCUAUCGGUGGUGUAUUCUAAAUUUGCCUAACUUUCAUUCAAAACGGGGUUGCUAUUGUUUUCGAGGGGGGUUCAUUUUUCCGGCAGUGUUGUAUCUUAUUGUAACAGUAAAGAUUUCCUAACUUGUCUAAUAUUCUUUAAAUGACCAUAUUGAAUUAUAUAGUAUAUAAGUAUUUUUAUGUGUUUGAAAUUG